GUAAAAUUGUGAUGGAAGGGCUUAUUGUUGUCUCCUCCCCAAGAUCUAAAAACAUUUCAUUAAUAUAAAAGGAUGCCUUCGGGUUGGGAAUUAAUUGAAAUAAACAACCAAAGAAAAAGGAGAAGCCUCCAAUAUGAAAUUUCUACUCCAUCUCUUCUUCUUCACCUUCCUUGUCACCCAUGGCAGCUCAGAAACUUUUAUGGAUCCUUUCCGUUACUGCUCCAACACCACCAUCUCACCAAAUUCCAACUUCUUUUCCAACCUCAAUACCCUCUCUUCAUAUCUCUCCUCCAAUUCUUCUCGAAAAUUCUACCACAAAUCUUCUGUCCCCCCAGUUUAUGCCCACUUCCAGUGCCGUGGCGAUCUAAACGCCACUGCAUGCCACCAGUGCGUUGCCACAGCCACCUCCAAUUCCUCUCAACAAUACUGCCCUCUUAGUGUAGAGGCCAUUAUUUGGUUCGACGAUUGCUUUUUCCGCUAUUCCAACCGAUCCUUCUUCUCCAUCGUGGCAGAGCAGCCGUCGAUGAUUUUGAUUAACCUCCAAGAAAUUGGGGAGGAAAAAAGCAGUUUUGACCAAAUUGUGGGUUCUGCGUUGAACGAUACGGUGGUUAAGGCUUCUUCCCGGAAAGGGGAUUUGAAAUUUGCUACUAAAGAAGCUAGUUUUGGAAAUGAGACGGUUUACACGCUGGCGCAGUGUACAGGGGAUUUGUCCAACUCAAAUUGUAGGAAAUGCUUGAGCAAUGCUACUCGAAGAUUUCCUGAUUGUUGUAGUGGUAAAAAGGGCGGUAGGAUUUUGUUUCCCAGUUGUAGUGUUCGUUAUGAGCUUUAUCCGUUUUACGAGAGCGUUUCGCCUUCCUCUGUUUCACCUCCACCGGCAUCUGUCCCUCCUCCAACAGUGUCUUCUCCGCCGGCAUUUUUCCCUCCUACAACAGCGCCUUCUCCACCGGCUUCAAUAUUAGCUCCACCUCCUACGUUGUCCUCACCGGCACCCUCUACGGCCGCUCCUCAACUGCUUUCAGGAAACCUGGCGGCGACGGUGGCGUUGGUGAUGGCCAUUUUUGUUGGAAGCUAUUUUCCUUGAUUUGAAUCCACGCACAUCCGUUGUAGAUUUCUAUUUGUUUUACUUUAAAAUUAUAAGUUCAUAGACUUGAAUUUUGAAGAAUUUGUUUCUUUUCUUAAAAAAUAUAUUGGUUUUUGAACUUCCAAAAAUACUUGAAAUUGAGUGUGUAUCUAACACAAAAGCUCACAAAACACACACAAUGUUAUAAUAAGAUCAAUAGACUUUUGGAAUAAGCAAUGAA